UCCUGAUCUUUGCUCUUUGGUCUUCUCUCUUUGCUUUCAAACACUGUUCCUUCGCAAUGAUAAGUUCAGGUCCUGAAUUCAACAUCUAAUGCUAAAAUCGCCCACCUAUUUAUUUAUUUAUUUUGUAGAAAAAAAGAGAGAAAUUAUAAGACCACCCCAGAUCCCGGAAAAAACAAAAAAUAAUAAAGAUAAAUAACAAUCAAAGGUUAAAAAUCCAUAAGAUAAAAGGAAAAGCACCAUAGCAACAGCAUUAGCAACAGUGCCAGUACCCCUCUCCUCAUAAAAAGCUGAAUAACAAGAUCCACCUCGAACCUCUCUCCGCAUACCCUCUUCCUUCUUUCUCUCAAUUCCAACCCCUUUCUCUCUCUUUCUCUCUCUCUCUCCCUCUAUCUCUCUCAUCAAUUCCACACACACACACACAUAUAGCAGUGAGAUUGAGAUUGAUGAUGAGAUUGAGAUUGAUGAUGAGAUUGAGAUUGAGAUUGAGAUUGCGAUUUUAGAUUCUCCCCAAAAUAAACCAAAAAAGCAGACAUCUUUUUGUUGGCUUUGUGAGAUUACACUCCCACUGCUGCCACUCCAACAACCCCCCAUCUUCUCCACCUUAUUAGUUAUUUGUUAUAGGAAGCGAAGCUUUCUGCUUUUACCCAAAAACAACAUCACACAAAGGAGCAGUGCAAAGAAGCAACCGGUGGAAUUUGGAAUUUGGGUGAGACCACGGACCACCCACCCGAGUUCAUUGAUUGAUUGAUUGAUUGAUUUGCAGUGUUGCAGGCAGAGAGAGAGAGAGAGAGAGAGAGAGAGCUAAAGCAAAAAAUUUUUAAAAAAAAAAUAAAGAGAAGAAAAAAAAUAAUAAUGAGAGAAGAUGAGUCGAAUUGGUUCUCAAGGUGGGAGGAAGACCUGCCAUCCCCAGAGGAGCUGAUGCCCCUGUCUCAAACCCUAAUAACCCCUGAUCUGGCUCUGGCUUUUGACAUCCGAAACCCCAAUUCCAGCAAUAAUAACCAGCAAGCCCAAGCGCAAGCCCAACCUCCUCAUCCUCAUCCUCAUCCUCAACCCCAGCCGCAGCAGCAGCAGCAUCCUCAGCCCCCUCCUCCCCCUCCUCCACCCCCUCCUUCCAACCCCCUCCCCCCUAAUUCCGCCACCGCCACCCCCCAACCUCCCGAUUUUGCCGAUUCCGCCGAUUUGGGCUCCGGGGCCGCCGGCGAGGAGCCCGCCCGCACCCUUAAGCGCCCACGCCUCGUUUGGACCCCCCAGCUCCAUAAGCGCUUUGUAGACGCCGUCGCUCACUUGGGGAUCAAGAAUGCCGUCCCCAAGACCAUAAUGCAGCUCAUGAGUGUCGACGGCUUGACCCGAGAGAACGUUGCCAGCCAUUUGCAAAAAUACCGCCUUUAUCUCAAGCGUAUGCAGGGAUUAUCCGGUGGCUCUGCCGCUGGUGCCGCUGGAGCCGGUGCCGCCGCCGCCGCCCUCGCUGCCUCCGCUGAUCCCGCCACCGACCAUUUGUUCGCCAGCUCACCUGUCCCUCCCCACUUCUUGCAUCCCGGUCGCCCCAAUUCCGAUCAUUUCUUGCCUUUUGUACCCGUGGCUGCUCUCCAGCACCACCACCACCACCACCACCACCAUCAGCAGCAGAUGGCCGCCGCUGCAGCCGCUGCGGCCCACAGUCCCCUUCAGCCGCAGCCUUAUCACCGGCAGGUCGGCCAUUUUGGUUCCCCAACAAACGGCCAAUUCGAGCAUUCUUUCCUUGCAAGGCAGUCACAGCCGGUUCAUAGGAUGGGGUCGGCAGCGGUGCAUAAUCCAGUGCCUGGUUAUGUGGAGGACUUGGAGUCGGCUAACGCAGCAGCAGGAGGAGGAGGAGGAGGGGGGAGGAAGGUUCUUACUCUUUUUCCAACUGGGGAUGAUUAAAAAUUAAAUAUUUGGGUAAAAUGUAUUUGCUUUCUUCAGUCUAGUUGCCUCUCGUUCAAUUUGAUUUCAGGUCCAGGUCCAUGUGAAGUAAUUGGUGUCCGGUGGGGUAUUUGUUAGAGUGGGUUCAGAAGACUGGUUGUCAUCGUUAAUGUUAGUUAAUCUUCAAUGAUCUUGUUGCUAGUCACUGGUAGGGGCUGGGAUUGAUGCCUGAAUUUCCAUUUCCAGUUCCUAAAGUAUUUUGCUUGUAACACAUACGUUGCCAGUCGGGUAUGUUUCACCACCAUCCUUUAUGAGUAAUUAGGAUUUGAUAUCAUUAGUGUCCUUUGCGUUGUCCCUUUGCUCUGUGGGUUUCUUCAUGUGUAAAUUUUGUCCUUGUCGACUUCUGGUGGCGGAAAUUUGGUCAUGAUGCCACUCAAGCGACAAUGAGCGAUGUUUCGAAACUCUUAUAUGGCAGCUACGCUGAUGGUGUCAGUCAUCAUAAUGGAUGAAUUCGAGUUUCUUGGAGGUUGCAUAUACCUUUUAAUUUUGGGAAUCGGCUGGAUUUCUUUCACUUCACAGUCUGAGUCUUUCUUGCUGGGGAGGUCCUGUGGUUGGUAAUUAAUGGUAGGGGAAUGGCUGAAGCAACAAAGUUGACUAAUUUUGAGCUUGUAGGUGAGAAUAAAUAAAGGUGGCAAGUCUAUUUAUGUUUUCUAAGAAGCUAAACAUGGGUUGGUUAAUAACUUGGUUGGGACGUCUAAUGCUGUGUUUCUUGGCUUCGUCCAAGAACAUCUUCCUUGUAAGAGUUGUGCCUUGUGUUUCUUAGUUUAGUGUAUGUAGAGAUGAAAGUGUACGUGUUGUACAUUGUGUGUCUCUUUGUAGAAGACUUAACCCCCACAAUAUUGAGGGGCCUGUUAAAACUAUUCCGAUUGCAUUAGAAUGUUGGCCUAUCUUCAUGCUACAUGAAGUAGCUGUAUUAACUAUUAUUUCCAAUUUGUACUUUGAUAAUUUCAAAUGGCUUAUAUCCUUGCAUGUAAGAGUUAAGUAA